ACAUCACUCACAGUAUUCUUUAAUUCCUAGCGGGACAUUCAGGGUCGUUUGGGGUGAAUAUAAGCAUAGAUGUGAAUAGAAAGAAUAAAAAUAUGGCGUAUUUACAAUCGUAUUUUAAUGUAAACCUGAUCUGUAUUUUUAUGCUGACAGUCUUUGAAAUUAAGGUUUUUGGAGAUAAAAUUGAGGAAAGUAUAUACAGAAAGAUCAGUGGCAUUUCACCUUGUGUAACACUACUUAAUGCAACACAUCAAAUUGGUUGUACAUCAAAACGUAAAGGAAAUGUUGGUGUAGUGCAUUAUAUUGAUUCUGAUGAACAGUUUAAGUGGUUAUUAAAUAAAGGCAAUCAUGCUCCAUACAUCCCUUUAUUCACUGCAGAAUUAUUUACAGAUGAUCGAUUGAAGCAAUUAAUAAAUGCUGAUAAAGUUUCUGGAGCAUUAGUUUUAUUUGAUAGACAGCAAGAAAUUAAUGGCACCAAACCUCCAAGCUCAGGUUUUUCUCCAGCAAAUCCAUGCCCAAAUGAGAAUUUUGGUCUCUAUGGCAGUGAAGAUGAGUAUAGUUGCCAUAAGAAUGGAAGUAAAUCAAUUGUUUGGAAUGAUAAUGGUUCAGACAUGUCGUAUAAAAGUUAUGAUGUACCUGUGUUUGCUUUAUACAAAGAAAAUGAAAUUGAUUUUCUGAUAAAGUGUUACAAAGAUCAUAACAAGCCUUCGGUGAAUGGUGAAAACCCUGACUAUCCACUAUGUGGGGUGGAGUUAUUAAGUUUCAUGUUUGCUGCAAAAGAUACGCCCACCUGCAUGAGAAAAAAUAAUGCGCCAACAUUUACCAAAACCGCGUUUUGUGAUGCUUUGGGAGAUGAGAAUAUUUGGGGAACAUUAUUUCCAUUGAUUACGCAAAACGAUAUUGUUCUUGCAACGGCUAAGCUCGACAGUACGGCGUUUUUCCACGAUAUUGCUCCAGGUGCAGAUAAUGACGUCACUGGAAUAGUUGUAUUACUUGCAGCAGCUGAGGUUCUUGGUGAUUUGAAGAGGAACAAUGUUGCCAGCCAGCCCAAGGGAAACCAAAAACAUAUAAUGUUUUCAUUUUUCCAUGGAGAAGCAUGGGACUAUAUUGGUUCGUCAAGAAUGGUUUAUGAUAUGAUAAAUGAUGCAUUUCCGUGUUACGAUGAGACAAAAUGUGUUUUGAAGCACGUUGGUCUUUCAAACAUAUCAGAUUAUCUUGAACUGAACCAAGUUGGGCUAAUGGAUACACUUUGGGCACACAGAGAUCCAAAGUCGGACAGUCAUACGAAAAAUAUUUUUAAAACAUUAUCAAAAUUUGGUGCUUCUGUGAAUCUCACAAUCAAAGACCCAUCUGACGUAGAAUUACAACCCCUUCCGCCUGCGUCUUUUCAAAGUUUCCUGAAAGAAAAACGAGAUAUUUCGGGAUUAGUUAUCACUGACCACAAUGCAUCGUUUACAAACAAAUUUUAUAACAGUCGUUUUGAUGAUAUAGUCUCCCAAAAUUUCGACCUGCAAUAUCGUGACUCAAGUAUUGUUCAACAUCUGACGAGGCUGUCUACCACAGUCGCAAAGACUUUGUAUAAUCUGGCAUACAACGAGACGAAGGAAGAUAUGAAAGCGAAUGAACAGACAGUACACGAUUUGCUGCAUUGCCUUCUCAUCACACAAAACUGUUCUCUUUUCCAAAAAGUCGUAACUGAAAAAAAAGCUAAAAACCUUGCCUCACACCACGGUCCAAUGAAUCGCUACGUUGGACCAUACGAGAAACAAGGUUUCCCCUCUGGUAUUUCUAGAAUAACAAAAUAUCUGUUGGCUUACUUCACUCGCAUUCCCAUGAAUCUAACUACUUGUGAAUCUGAGACGGGCGAUGUGAAUAUCUUUGUGUACGAGCCUAACAAUGAUUCAUGCAUCGGGGCACAUGUAUACUCAUCGCCAGCAAAGUCUCCAGCAUUCGAGAAUGAAGAUUAUGACUCAACCAAGUACUCAACAUGGACUGAAAGCAGGUGGGGAAGUGAUACAGGAAUACGGAUGUUUUUAAUUGCAGAUCCAACUCAAGAGGCCAUAACACUCGCCGUUGGAAUAGUGCUCACUUUUAUCGCACUGGUAGUGACCGUUUUUAUGUACAGAAAGGCUGAGCAGUUAUUCUCACCGGAUGAUCGUGUUUUAAUGAUCAACAACGACUCUAUGUAAUAAUGGAACAGUGGUUUGUCAUGGAUUAUGAUACUCAAACCAAUGUUGCGCCCCUUUGUAGUUGCAUGGGGUCGAUUACCGCUCAAUGUAUGAUCUAUGCAUACACGAUUUGUACAUCUCGUGAACUUUUCGUGUACAAAAGAAAUAGACAAAAUAGUUCGAAGACGAUAAGACGUACAAAGAAAAUAAACCUUAGAAAUUAACUUAAUUAUUAGAAAUUUGAAUCACAUGUACAUGCAUGCUGUGUUGAAGUCAAAUGCCUGGCGAUUGAUGCCUACCACUUGUUCUUGCUACUAGUUUACAUCGAACUAGAACCUGCCAGAUUAAAUGAAGAACACAUUCACACGGUAACGUUUUUGAGCGUUUUAAUAUGUGUUUUGAUGCUAAAACGGAUAACAAAAUAUUUGUGACAAAAGCUAUUGUGAUAAUUCAUUUGUCAGCUAUCGGUCCUCAUUUUGAAGUGCCACAAAAUCGUAAUUGAUUUAUACUUUGGAAUACUUUCAUCUUUAAAACGACAAGGAGAACGAAAAUGUUUUUAAGAAUGCUCGAAUUAAAGAAACGUCCGUGUGAGACUUCUCUCUACCAUUUUUGGCUAGCAUUUCGACGUACCUAAAAUUCAAACUGCCUUCUCAAAAUUUGGGAACAGAAACUUGGAAAACAGUUUGAAUAUUAGUUACCUAUAGGCUAUAGCAGUACGGCUAGCACUGAUCACAACUCAUUCUUAAAUAGCACACUGAACACGACCGUGCAAAUACACUGUAGAAUUUUUCAAAUCAAGAAACUUUACGAAACUUCCCCAUCUUAUUUAGUUUUAAAAUAUGGUGAUUUCACAAUGAGGUAUAUAAAUUUUUAGAAAUCUCGUAAUUUUAAAGCUUGUAUGAAAACGCUUUAAAGCAAUAAAGUAUUGGUUACUAUA